AUUAAAUCAAAAAGUUCCUAAAAAUGCGGCGUCUGCUAAAGCACUGACAGUGUUUUGUUAUAAAAAAAAAAACGUAAUUUAAUCUAAUUUGUUGAAAGAUUUUUAUUAUCGUUUCUACGAAAUGGACUUAUUAAUGAUACUUCCUGAUAUUUAUAUGAUAACUAUUUAUUUCCAUUAAAAUCAUAGCUAUUUAUAAAGAUCAAUCAUGUUAUGGAUAUUGUAUAACCUAUGUAAUGUAUUUAUCUAAUUGUUGUUAAAAAUUGGAAAUAUAUUUGAUUAAAUGAUGAGAGAUGCGUACCAAAGGCCUGCUAUUGUUGCUUAUGUGCAUAGCAGGGAGCAGCAUCGUUUUUAUUGCUUUCAGCAAUCAACGACCUUCCAUUCAAACUCUGGUUACAGAAACACACAAGCAAUUACGAAACUUCCAAGAAAAUUUAAAAGAUGUUGAAGAAAAACGUUUAGUAACAGAUUCCAAGUAUCUUGCAAUGCUUGGUCUUGAUGGACAAGCAAGCACAACACCUUUUAGUCUUAAAUCUCAAAAUGUGACUGUUGUUUCUCUUAUUAGGCCUGGAAAUGAACAACAUAUUUAUGGCUUUGUGAGAAAUAUCAGUCAUUUUUUGCCAAAUAACAGUAUUGUCAUUUAUAGCGUUGGAUUAAAUGAUGAUUCUUUGCAAAGUAUUAGAACAGUUUGUAAUUCUACGAAAUGUAAUGUGAUUCAUUUCGAUAUAAGUUUAUUUCCAACUCAUGUUGAGGAUGAUAGAUUACACGUCUAUAGACCUUUAGUUAUUCAAACAGCUUUAAAUACUUUAGGAAAUAUACUAUAUAUGGAUUCAAAUGUGCGUUUAAAUUCUUCAGAUAUUUCAAAAUAUUUUUUACCAAAAUCUGGAAUUUUAACUUGGCCUACAAGGCAUGCAAUUAGUUCUUUAACACACCCAAAAAUGUAUGAAUAUUUUCACGUGUCUGCAGAAAGUUUCUUUUUUCUUCCAUUAAUAAGAGCAUCGCACUUAGUAAUUAGAAAUAUCAAAGAAAUUAGAGAAAAAGUAAUGUUGCCAUGGAUUCAAUGUGCACUAACCAGAGAUUGUAUUUGUCCCAUUGGAGCUCAAUCAGCAGGAUGCCGAUUUAAUAAGAAACCACAAUACCGAUAUUCCGGUUGUCAUGCGUAUGACGCUUCUGCAUUGAAUAUCGUUCUUGGAUUGCACUUUAAUUUUGACGACACAUACUAUGUACAUCAAGAACGAGAAACGUACUUUAAUAAAAUAGAACCUGAAGAAAUUACGGAAGAGUAUGAAAUGAUUACAAAACAAAACAAUGUAACUGAGUCAAAUUUAAGAAAUAUCAUAUCAAAUGAACGCUAAUUUCUUGAAGAUCGUGAUUAAUUUAAAAAAAAAAAAAAAAAA